AUGCCGGCGUUUGCAGAAAUGUUAGUUUCACAAAGUCCCCCCGUGUACAAUCACCCACUGUCCACGGACUACAAACCCGGCGAUGGGUCACCCGGUUCUGGUGGUGGUGAUGGUGGUUACUACUUUCGACCAGCUUCACUGCAACUGACCCAAACACAGACCAACGGAGGACCUCCGCCGUUCCAACGGCAACUCACACCGCCCUGCCUCAGUCUGACCGGCAUGGGUGGCAAGUUGCCAAUGUCACCCCGUCGCUCCUGCUUGGUGAUACGACCCGAUGACGCCACCACGCCGGAAGAGUCCGAACCACCGCAGACGGCAAUGAAAAUGAUGGCGGUGACAGAGGACGAAACGGGUUCGACAAUGUCUGUGGGGCGCAAUAAGAAGAAGGUCGUGUUUGCGGACGAUCACGGUGGACAGCUGACGCAGGUGCGCGUGAUGCGCGAACCCUCCUAUAUGCCGCCGAUCUGGAGCCUACAGUUUUUGGCUCACGUGACACAGGGCAUGAUUAGCCCGGUACCGCAGGAACAGUGGGUCGUCGACUUUGUACAACCAGCCAGUGACUAUGUGCGUUUCCGACAAAAACUGGACGAACGAAACGUAUCGCUCGAGAACGUGAUCAUCAAAGAGACGGAGCAGCUGAUCGUGGGUACGGUGAAGGUGAAAAACCUAUCCUACCACAAGGAGGUCAUCAUCCGCUCGUCCUGUGAUAGUUGGAAAACGCAUGAAGACACUUUCUGUACCUAUAGCGUGGUUGGCAAUGGGACCGCUUCAGCUUAUCUGAUAUUUGACACCUUCUCCUUCAAGCUAACUCUUCCUCCUAAGUCCAGACGGAUUGAGUUUUGUGCCGCCUUCAAGUGCGAUGGUGUCGAGUACUGGGACAACAAUGAUGAUCGUAAUUAUUCCCUCACUAACCGUAUCGCUCCCCGAGAAAACUCCGGUGCGUUCCUUUCGUCGUCCUCCGCCAGUGCCUUCAAUAGUACCAAUCCCGGCCGCAAUGGUGUGUCUACGACAUCCGAAAACUUCUCGUCGCCGUACGUGGAUCCUGGCGCGGUGCUCGACACGUGGAGCGAUAUGAGCGUGGAAACGCAAUCGGGACCUUACUGCAGCACGUUUGACUGUUCGUUGAACCGUUGCACCAGUAAUCGUAACCACACGGCACAGGAUGCUGUCGGUGCGCAUCCACAGAUGAAGCCGAUCAGCUUGAGCCUGGCGUAUCCGGAUGGGGCGGACAUGUCGACCUGUCCGAAGGUGGUGACCGGGGGCGAACGACGCGCUAGUACGGGAGAGUUUGCGGUGAAGAAAAGCUGCAACCAUACUGCCGGUACCAAAUCGAUUACCCCGCUGGGACGCAGCGCAAGCAGCGGCAAACUGUUCUACAUUCGCGAGCGCCACGAAGGUGAAGAUCUGCUCGCCAAUUUGCUUCGUUUGCGUAAGCUGAUGAUGGGUGCGAUCGUGAAUGAUGUUGUUCAAAACUAA